CGGGUGGGGCUUGUUGGACGUCGUCGCACUAUUGCCCCGAUGGUGGGGUGCUGUUCUCGCUGCCCCCUUAGUAGCUUGCUGGUGAUCGGAGAUGGCCCCAGAGGGCAGGAAAUUCAGCCGACGCUAGGAGAGAUUAGUGGGUCCAGCAGGGAUGAGGAUAUUGUUGUUAUUAUUAUUAUCGUCAUCAUCGUCAAUAAUUGUAACAAUAAUGAUACUAGACAUAAAUAAUAGUAAUACUGAUCGCUAGUUAUGAUAGUAAUAGAUAAUAAUAGAUCAUAGUAAUAAUAAUAGUAUAUAGCGAGAGCAAUAGUAACAGAGGAUAAUAAUAAUAGUAACAGCAAUAGAUAGUAAUAGAUAAUAAUGGACAAUAUAUGGCAUCCGUUCAUCAGUGAGUGAUGGUGGAUAUUGCAGCUAUUCAGACAAUCACAGAUAAUAAUAGCGCAUAAAUAAUAACAGUAAUUGAUAGCAACAGGAAUGGUAGCAACAAUAGAUAACAGUAAUAAUAACAAUAGUAAUGGUAAUAAAUAGGAAUAAUAGUGAUAGAUAAUACAUAGUAGAAUAGUAGUAAUAAGUAGCAAUAGUAAUAUACAAUAGUAAUAGAUUAUAGUAAUAUUGGUAAUAGUAGCAAUGUAAUAGGCAGUGAUAGAAACAGAUAAUAACUGUAGUAACGGCAAUGCUGGCCAUGCAGUACGGUCAUAAUAUCCCUGGGUGCCGGCGCGGGGGCUGCUGUCCCGGUCAUGAACUUAGGACGGAGGCAGGAGCAGCCUUGCUAGAGGUUUCCCUGCCAUUAUGCUCCCCCACCCCCUCGUCCUAAAUUCGGCGAGGGGCAGCUGCGGGCCGGGCUCCAGGGCUCCGCUGGCCGCCUCCCGUCCGCCCCGAGCCCCGGAGGAGCUUGUUGCUGCCCGCGCCAGGAGGUGUCUGGAAGCCCGCGGCAAAGCGGGUUAUUCUUCCGCGCGUUUCCUGGCCAGACAGUUCCGUGUGCGCCUGCCAGCGCCUUCCCGAGGCUCCGGGGGCUCCAGGCCACAGGGAAGGGCGGGACCUGGCGGGGACGCUGUCCUAGCUGAGUACUGAUGUCUGUGUCCAUGUAGCAUCGCAAUGUAUUGCUGAGGGGUGCGACAGCAGAGCGGGCACCGGCAGGGCGUUGGGGCAGGGGGCUGCGGGCGGGAGUGAGGGGCACCGGCGAAGCUAGAGGGCAGCCCCGAGUGCAGGCGCCUCCCCGCCCCCGCCCGCGGGGCCGGCUGCAACUUGUGCGCGACGUGCUGGCAGCCUCCACGCUCCCCCCGUCCCGCAGACUGGGCCCCUGGGCCCCGCGUUGGCAGCGCCUCCCCCGGGCUGGCUGGGCUCCCAGACACGUCGGCCCUGGAGCCGGACCGCAGCGCCGCGUUCCCACGGGCCCGGGGCCAGGCCUCCUGCGGGGCCGCAGCGGGGGCUCGAACCUGGGCUCUGCGGCGGGGCCGGGCCGCCGCCUGCCGCCUGCCGCCUGCCCUGGGCCUCGCAGCCGCGGCCCAGGCAGCCCAGCCCAGCCCAGCCCCGCGGGGGCUGCACUGCCCGCGAUGUGCCUGGCAGUGCCCCCUGGCGGCAGCCCCGGGCUGCACCGGGGGUUUCACCUCCACUCAAAACUAUUCUUGCGCGACUCAGCGCGAGCCGCCUCCGGGCGAGGAAGCGCUGCGGUCGGAGCAGCCCCGGCAGGGUUCUCUGAGCUAGGCUUGGCCGUGUCAGCCUUUAAUUGCCUCAGCAACGAGCAGAAGACUCCUGCAGCCCCACUAAGAAGAUUUUGCCCAGCAUAAAAGGAUUUUCCCAGGUUUUCCUUUUCUGCAAGUCCUGCUUGAACCACCAAUCACUGAAGCAGGGGAGAAGCAAAGGCAGAAGCCCCCCUCCUCCCUCCCAGUGGCCGCUGACCUGUGUAGCUGGGGAGGUCUAGACUAGUGGUUUUCAACCUUUUUUCAUUUGUGGACCCCUAAAACAUUUUGAAUGGAGGUGCGGACCCCUUUGAACUCUAAGUGUGGGUGUUCACCUCCUUUUGAUUGAUCAUAGUCAUCUUUCGCAGACUCUUUAGACAUACUCCGCGGAACCCUAGGGGUCCACAGACCACAGGUUGAAAUCCCCUGGUCUAGACAGUAGGGGGCAACAGUGUGUGUGUGCACUGGUUUGUGUGCAUUGUGGAAGUGGAGACAACCUCCCCGCACCCAUACAUACACACUGUAGGGAAUUUUGCUGGUAGACACCCAUAUCCUCCUCCCCACUCAUACACAUACACACAUGCCCUGUAGGGGAUUUUGUGUGUGGAAGCACACCCAUGCACCAGACACAAGGGGACAGUGCCUUAUCACAGAACAGAGGACUGUGCAAGCACACACACUGAUUGUAGACAGUUGUGGAUUUGCACCAUGUCCAUGCACAUGGGGUAGGCAGGGGUAUACACCAUACAGAGAAAUACACACAUUCACACAGAGUAGGGGCUGAAGCAUGUGUGCACAUGAUUGGGGUUAUAAACACAUACAGUAGGUGGUUGUGUAUGCACACACAUGCAAGCAGAUGGUAGAGGAUGUGUGCAUGUCUACACGCAGUAGGAGAUUGCACACAUAGCAAAGGAUGUGUGCACACAUAUGCCAACAGUAGGGGUUGUGCAUAUACACACAUGUCCACACACACAAAGGCACACGCAUCCAUUGACCCCGCUAUGAUCCCUCCUUACUGUCAUCCCUUUCCCAUUGCCCGAUGGCUCUUCCUGGCUGCCUGUGUCCAGGGCGCUGGGGCCUAUGGCUUUGCCCACUGUUCCCUGUCAUUUGAACAGCCAGACUAUGCCAGUUGCAUGGGGCGUGGUAUCGUCCAGCUGAGCCAGGCCAUUGCUUCCCUGCCCAACACCACCAAGUGGAUCAAUGCCUCCCAGAAUGCCCUGCAAGUGCUGAACUUUAGCACCUUCACCCACCUUCCCCACCUCCAGGAGCUGCGGUUGGACCAGAACCAGCUGGACACCCUCCACCCUGGCGCCUUCCAGGGGCUGGCGGAGCUGAAGCGACUGGACCUCAGUCAGAACCGGUUGGUGUCUCUGGAGCCUGCAGUGCUGGCAGGGCUCACUGCUCUGCAGGUACUGCACCUGGGACACAAUACCCUUGCCACCCUUCAUCCUGAGAGUCUGGCCUUGCUGGGUAGCCUCCAGGAGCUCCACUUGGCCUACAACCAGCUCUCUCAGCUCCAGGACGUGGCCAUGGCCAUGCAGGGGUUGGCCAACCUGUCCCUCCUUGAUUUGGAUUCCAAUCAGAUCUCCUCACCAUGCCGGAACUCCAGCCCAGUCUCCUUGCCCUUCCUGAAGAGCCUGAACCUAAGGAGCAAUAACAUUGUCUCUCUGGACCUCACCCACUGCUCUCUGCCCAGCCUGCAGAAACUCAAUCUCACCCGCAACAACAUGACUCAGCUGGUGGCCAGCUCCUUCUACACUGCACCAAGCCUGGAGGAGCUGACUGUGGAUGAGAACCACCUGAACAUCUCCCAACUCCUGGGGCUGUCUUUGCCCAACCUCACAGCCCUGCACUUCUCCAGCAUGCGCCCGGCACUGGAGUCUGAUGUGGGGAUGGCUUGCCAGGUCUUACAGGGCCUCCCAGCACUGAAGGUCCUGGAUAUCAAGCACUCCAAGAUCCUCUCCUCACAAGUUGCCUGGCUGGGCUCAUGUACUAACCUGACCCAGUUGGAUCUAGCCACCACCCCUUUGAGCCACAAGGACAAAAUUAACUUCCAUACCUUUCACAGCCUGGAGUUCCUCUCGCUGGACAAGUGCAAGAUCCAGCAGUUCAGUGGUAGCCAGUGGGGGGAGGGCCUGGCUCAGCUCCACACACUGAUUCUGCGGCGUAACCUCCUCACCAAGCUGGUGAACGGCCUUUUCAAGGCCCUGCCCAAUCUGACCUUCCUGGACCUAUCCCGGAACCGCCUGACCUACGUCUACAAGAAAAAUUUCCUGGGCAUGGCCUCCCUGAGGACCCUGCUUCUCCAAGGCUGCCAGCUGGCCUCAGUCACCCGCAACACCUUUGUCUAUGCCCGUAAGAUGGUGUUCCUGGACCUGAGAGACAACAGUCUCCUCUACCUGAAGACCUAUGCCUUCCAGCCCCUCAACCACCUUCAGACCCUACUGCUGUCUAGCAACAGGAUCCUCACCAUUCAGAAACAGGCCUUUACAGGCCUCACCUCCCUUCGGCAACUCUCCCUGGCCCAUAAUUACCUCUACAAGGUCUCCAAGGGCUCCUUCCUUGGUCUCAAGGCCCUGGAGGUGCUGGACCUCAGUCACAACCGUCUGUUCUCUUAUAACAAGCAAGACUUGUCUGCCCCCUUCACCUAUCUCCUCAGCCUCCGUACCCUUGACCUCAGCUCCCAGGAUCCCAAGCCUCCCAUUGAGCUCCCAGUCAACUUCUUCCAAGGCCUCCCUAAGCUCCAGAACCUCAGCUUGAGGGAAAACCCCAGCUCCGCCUUCUUCAACCUCUCUUUGGCCCCUCUGGCUGGACUCCAAUUCCUGGAUCUCUCUGACAUCUAUCCUAAAAGGGGAGAUCCCUUCUGCCUCCACUCAGAGCUGUUCCAGGGGCUGGGCCACCUGCGAUGGCUCAGGAUGGAUGGCAGUUCCCUCAGAGACCUGCCCUUGGACAUCUUCUCUGGCAUGGAGUCUCUGGAGGGGCUGUCAGUACGGGAAAACAAGCUGAGGAACCUCAGCCAGGCCCUGCUGGGUAACUUGACUAUGUUGCGGUACCUGGACGUCUUCAACAACCCCUUGGCCUGCUCCUGUGAGAACGCCUGGUUCCAGAACUGGUCUGUCAGUGACCCUGAUGUCCAAAUUCCCUUGCUUGGUUCCUACACCUGCUUGGGCCCAGGGCUGAGUGAGAUGGGCUUUGAGAAGAUGGAUCUGACCUUCUGUAGGGUGGACAUAGCCAUCUUCUUCUUCCUGGUAGCCUUUUUUGCCACCCUUCUGACGAUGCUGGGCUCUGUGGCAAAGGCCAAGAUGGGCUGGACACUGAGGCACAGCUUCUACCUGGUCUGGGCCUGGGGCAGGGGCCGGCUGCAGAGGCACCGCCAGGCCUACCAGUAUGAUGCCUAUAUCUCAUGCUGCACCCAGGAUGAACCAUGGGUGGUGGAGAAGCUGCUGGUGGAGCUGGAGGAGGGACAGCCCCAGUACCAGCUGUGCUUUGGGCCCAGGGACUUUGCACCGGGUGCCUACUACCUGGACAAUGUCCAGAAUGGUAUCAGCAGCAGCCGCAAGACGCUGUGCAUGGUGAGCAGGAACUACUUGGAGAGUGAAUGGUGCUCCCUGGAGAUGCAGUUAGCCUGCUCCCGGACCUACUACCAGGGGCACGACCCCCUGGUUGUGGUCUUCUUGGAGGAGAUCCCCAACUACAGGCUCACCCCCUACCAUCGCCUGAGGAAGCUGUUGAAGCAGAACAGCUACCUGCACUGGCCGGAGGAACCUAAUGCUGAAGAUAUGUUCUGGACCCAGCUGCGGGAGGCCUUGGAUGCUGGUGGCAGCACCAAUAAGCUCCAUCAGUUCAAUGUGAUAGAGUAGCCUGGACCAGGCCAAGCCAAGCUGCUGGGAUGGGGGCAGAGGGGGUCAGAGGAGAGCCCCAUUGCUGGUGGGCUGAGAAAGGGAUCAAGACCCCUCCGGGAGCAGAGUGGCUCCGCUUCAUCCAGCAGGGUGUGAGGAUGUGUGCAUGCAUACAUGCACAUAUGCUCACACACACAGAAGGACUUGUAUGGCAGGGACACACACACACACACACACAGUUAGGCAGUUCUGAUCCCCUCCAGUAGAGAGCAGCGUUUCACACCCCCCCCCCCCCCCUGCCCCCGUGGUGGCAGGGACACGCGCACACACACAUACAGCUGGGCAGUUCUGAUCUCUUCCAGUAGAGGGCACCAUUUUACACGCACUUACACACACACACUCACACAGAUGACUUAUAGCGGCAGGGACACACACAGGGCUAGGGAACUCUGUUCUGUAUGCAACAAUGUACAGAGCACACCUUUGAAAUGGGCAUUAUUUCUGAUAUCCAACA